AUGGCCAACAUCCCCGCCACUCCGGCGGCCGCGGUAGCGACCGGAAACCGCGUCUCGCCCUCGCCUCGCUCUUCCCCUUGCCUGCCGCGGAGGACGGCCAUGCUGCCGUCGAUUGGGGCCGCCGCAGGCCCCCCUUCGUGGUCGUCGAGGGGAGCGGCGGCGGUGGCCAGGGCCGCCACGGGCUCCGACAAGGCCGCAGCGGCAAGGACUAUUAUCAAUCCAAACAAUGUCCCUGUCUUGUCUUUCUCUGAGGUUGCUGAAAGGCUUGAUACAUUCCAAGCGUCUGGUGCUAGGAAUCAAAAUUACAUGGCCAUGUACUCUAGUAUUUUUGGUGGAAUUACAAAAGAUCCUUCUGCAAUGGUGAUACCAAUCGAUGAUCACAUGGUUCAUAGAGGUCACGGGGUUUUUGAUACUGCGGCUAUUAUGGAUGGUCACCUCUACGAGUUAGAACAGCACCUUGACCGCUUCCUGAGGUCUGCAUUGAUGGCCAAAAUACCAUUACCUUUUGAUCGCUCAACAAUUAGAAGCAUACUUAUUCAAACUGUGAGUGCAUCAAACUGCACUCAAGGAUCACUCAGAUACUGGUUGUCUGUUGGACCUGGAGACUUCCAGUUAUCUUCAUCUGGCUGUGCCAACCCAGCCCUCUAUGCUGUUGUUAUUGAAAGUCCAUCCUUACAAGUACCAGCAGGCUGCAAAGUGGUGACGUCAUCUAUACCGAUAAAGUCUCCACAGUUUGCAGUCAUGAAAAGCGUGAACUACCUGCCGAAUGCACUCACGAAGGUGGAAGGCGAAGAAAAUGGUGCAUUUACUAGUAUUUGGUUGGAUGAUGAGGGCUUCGUUGCAGAGGGUUCCAAUAUGAAUGUUGGCUUUGUGACGGCCGACAAGGAGCUUCUCAUGCCCCGUUUUGACAAGAUACUCAGUGGGUGCACAGCAAAGCGGGUUUUGACCCUGGCUGAGCAGCUAGUAGCUGAUGGAAGGCUUAGCGGGAUAAUAUCAAGGAAUGUGAGUGUUCAGGAAGGGAAGUCAGCUGAUGAAAUGAUGCUUAUUGGGAGUGGCAUUCUUGUCAAACCUGUUGUUCAAUGGGAUGAUCAGAUAAUUGGCUCUGGACAAGAAGGUCCAAUAGCUCAAGCACUUUAUGGCCUCAUUCUUGAGGACAUGAGAUCUGGUCCGCCAUCUGUUCGUAUCCACAUCCCUUACUAAAACUUUUUGUAAUUUCACUUAUGUUUAUAUAAGGUUACGCAUGAACAAUGAUUUAUCGGUUAUUAGAGUUCCAAGCUCAUUCAUAUAAAAUGUAGAAAUUGGAUUCUACAAUUAAGGUUUUCCUUAGUCCUUAUUAUAGUUUUUCGCUGGAUAUUGCUUGGUCCUUGUCAUGGUUGUACAAAAAUAUCGCCGAAAGAUGAAACAAUAGUCCUACACUCCAAGAAGGAUGGUGUCUGAGGCUGUCUAGUCGGUGUUUAGUUUGCAAUAUUGGUUAGGAGUUAGUUUAGAUUACAAUUACAAUUGUGGAGUCCGUUUGUAACAGGUCAAGCUGUAUAUGCCGAUAUCAACUUUGUCAUUCUGAAAUCGAGUAAAUAAAAAUUAGUCUUUGUUCUCA